UGGGUGCAAAUAUAACACCCUUCCUCAUUUUUUGCUCUGAAAUCAACCUGAGUUUGAGUGGUUAAUUAGGUUCAAAUUAGGGUUCCGACCAUACCCAAAAAGAAGAAAGAAAGAAAGAGAAAUCAUAGCGAGCGAGAGCGAUAAUGGUGUGCGACAAGUGUGAGAAGAAACUUGCGAAGGUGAUAGUGCCAGACAAAUGGAAAGAAGGCGCCAGCAACACAACCGAAGGCGGUGGCCGCAAGAUCAACGAGAACAAGCUUCUUUCCAAAAAGAAAAGGUGGAGUCCUUACGGAAAUACCAAGUGCAUCAUAUGCAAGCAGCAAGUACACCAGGAUGGUAAAUACUGUCACACCUGUGCUUACAGCAAAGGAGUUUGUGCGAUGUGCGGUAAACAAGUGCUUGACACAAAGUUGUACAAACAGAGCAAUGCAUAACUCUCAAACUUGAUGUUGGCUUACAUUAUCUGAUGCAUUCGUAAACUCUUCACAGCCUUGUGUUUUUUGUAUCAUUGGUCCUUGUAUAGGCACGAGAACUUAUUAUGCCUGAUUGAAAUUCAGCUGUGAACAGAUGUUUAUAGUCAAUUGUUAUAAUGGCCUAAUUGUAAUUGCAUAUCCAGACGCCGAAUUUCUGUCUGCUAAUAUGUAGUUUCCUUUCCUCGUAAAAAUCUCUUUUUUUUAUAUACAAUUAAAUACUUGGCUGAUAUCCCUAGUUGUACAAUAGUUUUAUUUGAUUUCUAAGCACUUUAAGGAUUA